UCGUAUGUUGGAUGGCGUCGUGAAUGAUGCGGUGGAGGCUAAAGCCCUUGGCUUAAAUCCGGAGCACAUCGACAUAUACAGCGCUUCGUGGGGACCGGAGGACGAUGGAAAGACGGUCGAUGGUCCUGGACCUUUGGCGAGAAGGGCUUUCAUCUACGGCGUGACGAGCGGUCGUAAGGGCAAGGGAAGCAUCUUCGUUUGGGCUUCAGGGAACGGUGGAAGACAUACCGAUUCUUGCAACUGCGACGGUUACACAAACAGCAUCUUCACGUUGAGCAUUUCGAGCGCCACGCAAGGAGGAUAUAAACCGUGGUAUUUGGAGGAGUGCUCGUCGACUCUGGCGACGACUUACAGUUCGGGAACUCCGGGUCACGAUAAAAGCGUGGCAACUGUGGACAUGGACGCGAGACUUCGACCCGAUCAUAUUUGCACUGUGGAGCACACCGGGACUUCAGCUUCCGCCCCAUUGGCUGCAGGCAUCUGUGCUCUGGCGCUCGAGGCUAAUCCCAGUCUGACCUGGAGGGAUAUGCAAUACCUGGUUGUGAUCACGUCUCGCGCUGAGCCUCUGGAGAAGGAGUCCGGUUGGGUGCUGAACGGGAUCAAGAGAAAGUUCAGCCAUAAAUUCGGCUACGGUUUGAUGGACGCAGGUGGUAUCGUCAGUCUCGCGGAGAAGUGGACCACGGUUCCAGCGCAGCACAUCUGCAAGUCUCAGGAGGUGGUCGAGGAUCGUCAGAUCGAUUCCACGUACAAAUUCACCCUCGUCCAGCACAUGGAUGUCAACGCUUGCAGCAACACGCUGAACGAGGUGCAAUUCCUCGAGCACGUUCAAUGUAAAAUCUCGCUCAGGUUCUUCCCGCGCGGCAAUCUUCGCAUCCUGCUCACUUCGCCGAUGGGCACCACCUCGACGCUGCUCUUCGAACGGCCACGUGACGUCGUCAGCUCCAACUUCGACGACUGGCCAUUCCUGAGCGUUCACUUCUGGGGUGAAAAGGCCGAAGGCCGUUGGACCCUGCAGAUCAUAAACGCAGGAAACAGACACGUCAAUCAACCAGGAGUUCUCAAGAAGUGGCAGCUGAUCUUCUACGGCACCUCAGUCAACCCCAUCAGGUUGAGGUCUUCGAACGUAUCGCCGGUAUCCUGGAAAUCAUCCCUAAACUCAUUCACUUACCCGACGCUCUCCGAUCCAGUCACCCAUGACCCCGUCACCGACAACCUCUUCAAUCAGGAACUGUUCAAAGGGUUCAGCCCGAUCUCCUACAGCUUCGCCGGAUCCGAGCGGGAUCAAGCUGUGAGCUCUUUGGAUGGUAAGAAGGCAAUCAUCAGGGAUAACGAUAAUAGGAUAGACACCGACGAGGAGACCAAGGAGAAUUGCGACGAGCAGUGCGACGAUCAGGGAUGCUUCGGACAGGGUCCCAACAAGUGCAUCGCCUGCAGGAACAAACGCAUGGACAAGACUUGUGUGAGUGCGUGUCCUCCACGUAGCUACGCCGACUCCCAGGGCGUCUGUCAGGCGUGUCACGAGUCGUGCGACACGUGCAUCGGCGCCGGCCAAAACAAUUGCCUCUCCUGUUCUCCGGGCCACGUGAGGGUUGUCGAUCUCGACAUUUGCAUGCAGCAAUGCCCCGAAGGAUACUUCGAAGAUUUCACCGACAAGACUUGCACCCCGUGUCAACCGAACUGCGCUGGAUGCCAGGAUCGUCCGGAUAGAUGCACCAGUUGCGACCACCACCUGCUACUCUACCACAACAAAUGUUUGGCUUCCUGCCCUCCGGACACCUACGAAACCGAGGACUACACAUGCCUUCCGUGCCAUACUUCUUGCGAGACAUGCAGCGGCUCCAACAGCUCCCAAUGCAUCACCUGCGGCGCCGGUCGUUACUGGAACGAGGGCCGUUGCGUGAAGGACUGUCCGGCCCAUCGCUUUGCCGACACGAGGCAAAGGGAAUGCGUAGAGUGUCCUCCGGGAUGUUCCGAAUGCAACAAGACUACAUGCAUUUCCUGUCUGGACGAUUGGCAAGUCAACAGCAAGGGCAGAUGCGUUCCGCACGGAAGCGAUCACUGCGAUACAGAUCAAUACACGGAUGGUGGAUUGUGCAAGCCGUGCCACUCGACGUGCGGCACCUGCGAUGGCCCGACGGAACACGCCUGUCUCUCCUGCUCGCAUCCGUUGAUCCUGCAAGGGACGAGAUGCGUUGCCGAGUGCGACAAGGGCCGUUUCCAGGACAAGAACUUGCACUCCUGCGAACCCUGCGUUCACACCUGCUCCGAGUGCUCUUCCAAGUCUAACUGCACCACUUGUGUGCCCGGAUUACAGCUGCAAAGCGGAGAAUGCAGAUCGACGUGCGCCACGGGAUACUACAGCGAUCGUGGCGUUUGCACCAGGUGUUACAUAAGCUGUGAGACCUGCAGCGGACCAGGCCACGAUCAGUGCGUGGCUUGUCCAUCCGGAUGGCAAUUGGCUGCUGGAGAAUGCAGACCCGAUUGUCCUGAGGGCUUUUACAAGACCGAUUACGGCUGUCAAAAAUGCCACUACUCGUGCAGAAACUGCCCAGGUUGCAAGAAUCUGGCUGAUAAGAGACGCAUCAACGUGGAGGCAUAUCUUGUAUCGGCGCAGCCCGUCUCCACUUUGCAAUUUGUGAAUCCCUUCAACUUCAUCACGGGCAUCGCGAUCGUUGCCUGCCUGUGCAUCAUCAUCCUCUUCAGUACGAUCUUCAUCAUACUGCAGAGAAACAGCACGCAGGGCGUCCACAGGGACUACAAUAGGGUUUCCAUAAAGAAACCUAAAGUGACGUGUAACUACAAUGUAGUGGCUGUGAACGAUGGCGAUUCGAGUGAUUCUGAUAGCACCGAAGACCGCCAGCUGAUUACUUCGAAACCAGAAAGGACUUCGUGUUAACUCUAGAGACUACCAUGUGUGUAAAUAUACAAAACCACUCACUGUCUUCAUUGCUUACGUCGUUCUCCCGAGUUGCUGGAGUUGGCCAACGUUUCCACCUCAAACACCACCCAAAAUCCUUCAAUCCUCAUCAUCACACACCACCCAAUCCUUUCGAUUCCUCACGUAAACCAACAAUAAUAAUUAAAAUAAUCCAAUAAAAGGGCAGAGCCAAAUCUAUAAUGAUGUGACGAUGAUAUUUGUGUACAUAUAACAUAUAUAUUAUAUAUACUACUGUAUAAUCUUCGUAACAAACAAAAAAAAAAGUAUGAAAAUGAUUACCAUUGUACCAAAUUCCUAAGUGUUUACUGUGUAAGGUCAACAAUGAAGACAGCUCAAUGUAAUUAUGAUAUAUAUAUAUAUAAACAAACAAAAAAAAAACAAAUAAAUAUAAUAAUAAUAAUAAUUAAAAGAUGAAAAACGAGGAGCAGAGAGAAAAGUUAUGGCAACAAGAAAAAAAAAUGCAUAAAACUAAAUGAAACGAAAAACGUGGAUAAGAGAAAAAUUACAAUUUUAAGGAAAAUAUAUAUAUAUUAUUAUUAAAAAAAAAAUAAAAGAAAAGGGAAAACUUAAGUGCUCUUGAUAUUUCAUGUCGUAAAUAAUAAAUAAAUAAAUAAAUGAAUAAUAAUAUAGUUAUUUUUAAAUGUACACUUUGUAUAUAAUCAAUAGAUAAUUGUUUCAAUGUUAUUUAUGAAAUUUUACCGUUUAUAAGUCCAAGUGAUACAAGAAGAAAAAUGAGAACAUAAACAAACAAAAAUAUUCGGAAUUUCGUCUUUAU